GUCACUCGGCCGUCGUAUAAAAGCUCUCCCGAGAAUAGCGAAGUCACUCACUGUUCUUCAAGCAUCUCUUGUGCGUGCAAAAGCAGCUCCUCCAUUCCUUCAACAUGAACGCCCUGGUCAUUGCACUUCUCGUCGCCUCCGCUGCCGUCUGCUUCGCCCAGGACUUCGGCGACUUCGGCGGUGGCUUUGGCGGUGGAGCCGGUGGCUUCGAUAGCAGCUCCUUCGGUGGCGCUGAUGGCGCUGGUGCUGUAGGUGGCGACUUCAGCGGCGGCUUCGGCGGCGCUGACUUGGACGGUGGUGCUGGCGGAUUCGACUCAUCCAGCUUUUCCGGUGGCUUCGAUGGAUUCGGCGCCGCUGCCUCCAACCAGCGCCCACAGGUCGGACACGUCCAGAGCGGACCCGUUGACGGACAGUAAAUUUUCACUUUAGGGUGCCAUCCAUUGGAUACCGCACGCUUGCAGGUACCUGCAGUCGCACCAGGGAAUAAGACCUCCCGGUAACUCUUCAAGACGGAUAUCCCAAAGUCUCUCUCAUCACGACCUGCAGAUAUGCAGAUUUUUGUAAUGCAAUGUACAUAGUCUAGAAAGAAAAAAAAGGAAAACAUAGGCGUCUGUAAAUUGACGAUCUUCAUUUCAUUAAACUUUCAUGUUGAUUAA